GUCCUUCAUCACUUUGCGUGAUUGCGUGUUGGUUGUCGAACGCUCGAUCAGAUGUUCACAAGGAAAAUGUUCACAAGGAAACAAACCAACCGGAAGUUCCGCAUCGGCGCGUACCGAGGCAACGGAACACCCGACCACUCGUCCAAACACGAACCCACUUCCGUGACACGACCAAGCUUUGCUACCUUGUCUUCACUGCCGAGAUUUUCGGACGCGGCAUUGUUGGAAGGAUUCUUAGUGUCAUUCAUAUCCAUUUGGGGGGCGGCUAAUAUGGGCACUGCCGCGUUUCAGGAUUGGUAGGAUUGGGGCUUUGCACGUCGCGUCUUGUAGGCCCGGUAAACUGGACGGCUACUGCAUAUGUCACGUAACGUACAGAGGCUGAACGUUGACAGUCCGGGGUUGACAGAAGCAAUGUUGGAGAAAAGCAAAAAGUCGACAUAAAAAAAGAUGGGUCGAUAGAGUCGAGAGGAGUCAAUGGUCCCAGCCCUUGUAAACUGGUCGAAGAUGCAGACAACCAGACUAACCGUUUGUUACGUUAUUAUUAUUAUUAUCAUCAUCAUCUCGGCGACCAAAAACUCGGCGCAUGAUGGAGACGCUAAAGAGUAAGAAUAAGUUCCUGACUGAAGCAAGCAGGGUUCAGGGCCGCUGCCGCUGCCCAGUCUACGGGAGGAGUUGAGCAUCUGUGGAGCUGUUGUGAAGGCCGCUCUGAGGUAUCUUCCCAAACGAGAACGUCUAGCUAGACUCGGCAUAUGGCGCUCAUUGUCUGUUAUCAAGACCCUUGCGCGUGAUGCGUCCUGUGGUGGCAAGCCCAAGUUGAGCCAAGGCCGCUUCGCGAGGGGGAUCACGGGGAAACCGGGCACAAAGAAACCCCAGUUUCCAGUUCAACACUGUCGCCGGCCUGUUUUGGGAAGAAGCGCUUGAACUUGACUCACACGAGUCGACGCCCGCUUCCGCACUGGCCGCUGGAUGAAGGAAGAUGCCUCGGCAAGGCUCAGUGGCCAUUGGGCGACGGAGUUGAAGGCUGUCAGCGGCAUGUGGCCUAGAGACGUGGCUGACUAUGACCUUGGACGGGAAUCAAUACGACCCUGUUAGCUUGCUGCUGAUGCGGACAGGUCCUUGACACCUGUCCGGAAGAGGCCGCAUGCAGAUGUGGUGCAUCAUGCAGCAACGGCAUAUUGGUCCAUUAAGUUGUGACAAGCCGUCUCUUGGAACCUCCGGCUUUUUCGUUGGCCUCUGGGGGCGGUUUAUCAGAGACAGCCCUAAACCCCACUGAAGAAAGGGUUGGUUUAGUUGGCGAAAGAAGUUCCUUGGCUUGCAGGGAUGAAAAGGCCGCGUAAUAAGGGUAAUGACUCCCGCGGCAUCCUCAUUGACGUAUGGCCAUGGCCAUGGCUAGGUAUUGCAUUGUGCAAAGGAAAAAAAGACAAAAAAUACCUCCACCGAACCUACAGUAGCGCGUCAGUUUCCC